AUGUCUAGCUCAGCAUCAACCUCAGCAUCAGCGGACGAGGAGCGAGCGGCUGCGUUCUUGCAAGAGUCGCUCCAGUUCAGCAGCCACAGCCACCGCCCCAACCCAGCACGCCCGCACGUCACAUUGACCUUUGCUCAAUCGCAGGAUGGCAAGAUUGCAGGAGCGGGCAAGGCGCAGCUGGCGCUCAGCGGUUCCGAGAGCAUGCUCAUGACCCACACGCUGCGCACGCUGCACGACGGUAUCAUGGUAGGCAUUGGCACGGUCCUCAACGACAAUCCUCAGUUGAAUGCACGUCUGCUCUGUAGCCCGCCUGCCGUGUCGCAACUGCCGAGACCCGUAGUGCUCGAUUCGCUGUUGCGCAUGCCCCUCGACGCGAAGCUGAUGGCCAAUUACGCGGCUGGUGUAGGGCGCAAACCUCUCAUCAUUGUGUCGAGCCAAGCCGACCCGGACAAACGCAGUCAUCUUGAAAGCUCGGGAGCCGAGGUGAUGCAGGUGCAGGGGAGCGCCGCAUCAAUGGGUCAGCUCGACUGGACCGAGACGCUCGCAGCCAUACGCAAGGCAGGCAUCACUCGACUCAUGGUAGAAGGCGGCGCUGCUGUGAUCGACAGCCUCUUGCAGCAACCACAGCUGAUCGAUACCUUGCUUGUGACGAUUGCACCCAUCACGGUAGGGCCCAACGGCUUCGGUCCUACUGCCAAGCUGCCAGGCGACUCUGAUGCAUCAUGGCCAGCGCCAAGUCGAGCUCAGUUUGGCAAGGACGAGGUGGUGGUGUGGCAUCGCCAUUAA